AGCCAGCCAUGUUGAGCUCCCGUUGGGUGACCCCUGGCUAUGUUCCCAAGAUGCUUGGGGCCUUCCUGCUCUUGGCCACCUCCAUGAAUGCUCAGAAUAAAGGGUACCUGAGCUACAGUACAGCCACCUGCCACACCUCCCAGCCCUCACCCCAGACCACCCAAUGGAAAAGCCCAGGGAGGAACUGACACCUGCCCCUGCCCAGGGCCCCAAGAGAGCAUCUGGUUACUGUCCUGAGGCCCCGUGCUGCCCAUGUGUGUGAUUGCCCCCUCCACAGAGUGGGACAACGCCAUCUGCACCGAGGAUGUGGUUUUCGUGUCCAGGGGCGAGCACGCCAUGAUGGCCUGCAAUAUCUCCAACACCUUCACCCACAUCACCAUCAAGUUGCGUGCCCAUGGGAAGAACAAGACCAUCUUCAGCAAGGAUGGCCCAGGGCACUUCUCUCAGGAUGGGUGGCAGCUCCAGGUUCAAGGAGGCCAGGCACAGCUGGUGAUCGAAGCCGCCCAGGACAGCCAUGCAGGGCAGUAUCUGUGGCGUCUUCACGGACUCCAGGCAUGUAACAAGAUCACCACCCUGAAUGUUUCAGAGCCCCAAGACCAGGAAGCAGACCAGACAGAGCCCCUGCCUUCCUGGGAUGCUCUUGGAGCCAUGACCACCUUCCUGGCAGAGAAAAGAAGGACACUGUCAGUGUUUGCUGGACACAGGAGGCGUGGGACCUGGACUGAGCAUAGUGGACCCUCAGUCCCUGUGCAGAAAUUGAGGGCAGGAGCUCACUUAGGAAGAGUCUAGGAAGCUGGUCAGUGUCCUGGGCCUCUCUGGGUCAUCACACAAAGACAGGAAACCAACCUGACCCCUCUGUGGUCUUCAGCUCC